ACCGAAGAGUAAAGGGAUGAGAUAUAAAUUUUAGUUAUAUAUUUUCAGAGUAGGUGCAAUUCCACAAAAAGACUGAAAUUAAUGGCCAUGAGCUCCUAUUUGAUCAACUCCAACUAUGUGGACCCCAAGUUCCCCCCGUGCGAGGAGUACUCUCAGAGCGACUAUCUGCCCAGCAACUCUCCGGACUACUACAGCUCCCAGCGGCAGGAGCCCGCUGCCUUCCAGCCGGACUCUCUCUAUCACCACCACCAACACCAGCACCCGCACCACCCGAGCCACCAACCGCAGCAACAGCGAGGCGAGCCGCCCUACACGCCGUGCCAGCGCACAGGGCAGCCCGCCUCGGUGGUGAUGUCCCCGCGGGGUCACGUUCUCCCCCCAGCCGGGCUGCAGACUACUCCCGUCCCGGAGCAGAGCCACCGCUGCGACUCGGUGACACCCAGCCCGCCUCCCCCUGCGUCCUGCGGUCAAACGCCCCACAGCCAAAGCACUUCGUCCCCCUCCAGCACCCGUAAGGACCCGGUGGUGUACCCGUGGAUGAAGAAAGUCCAUGUAAACAUCGUGAGCACGAACUACACGGGGGGUGAGCCGAAGCGCUCGCGGACGGCCUACACGCGACAGCAGGUUCUGGAGCUGGAAAAGGAGUUCCACUACAACCGGUACCUGACGCGCAGGCGCAGGGUGGAGAUCGCGCACACGCUGUGCCUGUCAGAACGGCAGAUCAAAAUCUGGUUCCAGAACCGGAGGAUGAAGUGGAAGAAGGACCACAAGCUGCCCAACACCAAGGUCCGCUCCGGAACAAACAACAACACAAACUCCCAGAGCCGCUCCGGACCGCUAUAGCCCGGUUCUGUAGCUCUGUGGCUCACUUUGGCCUCCCUGAUUCUGAACUGAACGCCAACGCUUGUAACCACCGGAGCCGCACUUUGGACCGGAUUAAGGCUUUGCUCUGGAAGGAGGGAUGUUCAGCCCUGAUCUAUGCUGAUGUUACUACAUAAUAAUAUGACAUUAUGACGUGGGAGGGGAGGGGUGGAGGGGGAGAUUUCCUAUUCAUAAAAAUGAA